UCACUGUAUUUAGUUGUACACCAUGUUGCUGUUAUGAUAGACAUCUUACCUUAUCUUUGUCACGUAUUAGAAUGAUGCUAAUGACUGAUAAUAACAACGUAUUUUGCUUUAGAUUUAGUUAAAAGAGCUUGAUUCGAAACGAAAGAGGACUUUUAAAUGGAUUUACUCACAAUGGUCGUUUGCACAGCUACCAAAAAUUUACUACAAAACUACCAAAGCUUUAUUGUUUUUUGUUUGUUUGUUUGUUUUUUUACAGCGAACAAACCGGAAAGAACAUACACAAGAAUCUUGGCUAAAACUGCAAUUUAAGCUGAAGAUAGUAGAUGGACAUUACAAAAGGCAACCUGGAUGACAUCUCUCGGCCAGCUUCCAGUGAGCGCUCCCGGCCUGGGAGUCGAGUGUCCAAUUUGGUUCUCUCAGAGGGGGUGAGAAUGAGCCAGGACAGGAUCGGGGCUCUAGAGGUUCUUAGCUCUGAGCUCACUGAAACUCAGGUUUGGCAGACCAUAGAGGAGAAUAACUUGGACUGCCCAUCAGAAAACUUAACAUCUGACCAAGAUGUAGCUGAGGAAGAGAAUAAAGAUCCAGAGUUGCAAAAAGCAAUCAUGAAAAUGAAAAGACUGGACAAAAUCCUGGCUACCAAGAUGUCCACUGAAAAAGAAGUCAAAAAGCAAGGCAGGGAGCUCCAUCAGAAACUUUGGAAGGAACUAAAGGAUCACAAAAUGGUAAGGAGUUCAGAGUGCACCACUGAUGAAGCAGAAAAUACCAGGUUGUUCCUAGCACUUACCUCCAACACCUCUAAGGACUGCAGUGAAGAGGUGGACUAUGUACCUGUGUUUGGAACCCAAGUCCCAGAACAAGAGAACGACCUCAGCUGCAAACCUGGAACUAAAGUUUCUGGGUCGGAGGUGAUUGGUAAGUCUUCAAACUCUGUUGAAGUGGGUCCUGAAGUGAAAGAAGUCAAGCUGACAGAAAGCAGACAGCAUGUGACCGACAAGAACAAGCAUAGACAAGAUUUCAUCAAGAGAAAUAUUGAGCUAGCCAGUAGUGCAGGAAGCUUGGGGCCAUUGACACAGGAAGAGAAAAAACGACUAGAGGAACUCCUCAAGGACAUAGAUGAAGAGGAGACAUAUGUUGAUCCAACUGCCAAAACAGAGACAGACUUUACUUUGUGUGCUGUGUCCACGACACCGGAUGAAGGUUACAGACCCCAAGCAGCUGAACUUGAACAACUCCUUCACAUUGAUGGUAAACUGCAGCUUCUUCUUCCUGUUGAGGAAUUUCUGUCUGUGCGAGGCCCCUACGGUUACCACAGCUUUUCUCAGGUCAAAAAAGCUGGAGAACUUGGCGAGAGGGUCCUUCGGGAUAUGAAGGAGUCGAGAGAGCAGGAGGAGUGUCUGUGUGAAAUCCAACAGCAGCUGCAGCUCCUUACAAAGAGACAACACCCAGAUAGUUUGACUGAGGAGCAAAUUAAAAGUUUGCUGAUGGAAUGUGAGAUGGCCUGGAGCAGAAGUUCUGAUUCAGGAACACAAGGUUUCUCAGACCCCAAACUCUACUGUUCUGUAGAUGGACAAAUAAUGUCUCUGCUGGCCAGCACGCCCCGUCUAUCCAGUUCUGCUCUAUCAGAGUUGCUACAGGAAGCUGCUGGAACUCCAACCAGUCUUGUCUAAGAGCUGAGAACUCAGCAAGUCGUCUCACAUGUGAAGCAACAGCCCUAAUGAGAAAUGAGAAGCUAGCAUAAAUGUGGUAAAUAGAUUUUUUUUAAAGUAUGUUUUUAUACAACAGAAGUUUUCAUAAGUUUGUUAUAAUAUUUCCUAUGAUUUGUAAAAUAUCGCAAAGGAUGUGGCAGCAGAGGAUCUUAAUUAAGAAUUACUUUUUAAGUUCUUAACUGAAAUAUGACAGACAAAAUUAAUUUAUUACAGCUUUAAUUAUAUGGAGAAAAUGUUCCAGUCAUGUUUGAAGUUAAUUUUGACUUAUGUCACUUUCCCAGUAGUUGUUUUAUAUCCUGGCUGUUUUUUUUUAUUUCCAGCAAUACAGUGGUUGAUGUGUAUUGCAUGUGUCUUAACUGACCUGAAAGAUGCUCAAUAUUUUAUUUUAAACAUGUUAAUCUUUUCCCAGUAAAGUUAUUGUCAGUCUUUCAACUGCUUUCAACUUUUUUUUGUACAGUAAAUUUAUGUACUAAGUCCAUUUAUAGCAUUUUCUUAUCUAUUAUAUGUUGAGAGUGUUGGUUAAACUGCAUGGGUAUGGCAUAAUGUCAGCUACAAGGCAAAUUGCAGGUAUAUAUUAAUCUGGUCAUUGUAACAUUACAGUUAUGUAGCCAAUAUAGCCAGUUUAUUUGGAACACCUGCGCUCUUUGUUCGUGCAAUUAUCCAAGCAGCCAAUCAGGUGGGUAGUAACACAAUGCAGUACAAGAGUGCCAGGUGGGCUGGUUUGAGUUUUUCAAUAUCUGCUGAUUUCCUGAAAUUUUCACGCACAAUGAGUUUCUAGAGAGUACACAGAAUGGUGAGCAGCAACCUUGUGGCAGAAACACUGUAGGUAAGAUGAGAAUGACCAGACAGUCAUCUAGUUUAGGGAGCUGUGGGAAUGUCUGAUGGGAAUGGAGAGUAGCUGUUAAAACAGUAAUAGUCACAAAGUCAAUGUGUUUGGUUCUGGUUUUAGAUCAUUGAGGAGGAAAAGAUACCAAAAGUAGUGCACUUUUAUGAUACAUAGCUGAAAGGUUGAGAAUUAAAAAAUAGAAAAGAGUUGAAAUAGAAUUAUUUUUGGUUGUUACAGUGGAUAAUUUAAUUCAGAGCUCCAAAACUCAGACAACAGCUUAAUCUUUAACCUUUUAUUGUUUGUUUGUUCUUUGAAACAUAACAGACAAGUAAAAACAGCAUUUCUGUAGAAAUUUUAAAUAUAAAAAUAUAAGGCAACCCUCAUAGUACAAGGCAAUCCUCAAUGAAGGGGGGUGUCAUAUAACAACAGCAACAACAACAAUAAAAACAACAACAAAAGACAAUAAACACAUCCUCACCUCACUGUGCAAACUGUUUAUACAUACAGAACACUUCCAAAAACAUCUCACACUUCCUGAUAAAUUAUUUAAAUAGCACAUAUCUACAAACAUGAAACUGCAACUUCAAAUACAUCGAACAUCAAUAAUAACUUAUUAUUUAAAAAUGCAUCAUUUAUUCACUAAGCACAAGAAGAAAUCAUUUAUGCCCUGUAGGAGUAUUUAAUUUGGCAAAAAAUAUUUUGUAUUAUAUACAUUUUGAAAACAUAUGAUUGUAUUACAUUUGCUAACUAAAUAAAAAAUGUAACUGAUUUAUAUUCUAGUAUGAGGUAUUAUUUGUAUAUUGUCUUUCCUUGCUGUUUAGAAUGCAGAGCAUAGUACAAGCAUGACUAAAAACUACAAAAUGGUUUGGAUUUUGGAUAAAAAUCAUUACUAUUUAAUAUGUAAUAAGAGAAAUUCUAUAACGAUCCAGUUUGUUCUCAAAGAUUUAUCACACACGCUCUCUCUCUCUCUCACACACACACACACACACACACACACACACACACACACACGGGGUGUCAAUAAUAUAAAU